GUAGCUGGCGCGGUGGUGACACGUUUCCAUGGGAGAGCGGGGCGCGUGGCACCGCGCGGGGCGGGGAGCGCGGCCGGGCCUUAAAGGGGCCGCACCCGGAGCGGGGUAGAGGGAGCGCGACGGCGGGAGGCGGCUGGAGCGGCGGGGAACCAUGGCAGAGAAGAUCCUGGUGACCGGCGGAGCUGGCUACAUCGGCAGUCACUGUGUGCUGGAGCUGGUGGAGGCUGGUUAUGUCCCCGUGGUGAUAGACAACUUUCACAAUGCCAUCCGAGGGGUAGACACAGUCCCCGAGAGCCUCCGGCGUGUGCAGCAGAUCGUGCGCCAGCCCAUCCUUUUCCAGGAGCUAGAUAUCACCAACGAGGCAGCGCUGCAGGAACUCUUCAGUAAGCACCAUUUCUCAGCCGUGAUGCACUUUGCAGGGCUGAAGGCAGUGGGGGAGUCUGUGCAGAAGCCGCUGGAGUACUACAGGGUCAACCUCACCGGGACCAUCCGGCUGCUGGAGACCAUGAAAGCCCACGGCGUGAGGAACAUUGUGUUCAGCAGCUCUGCCACCGUCUAUGGAGACCCCAAGUACCUGCCUCUGGAUGAGAACCACCCGGUUGGAGGCUGCACCAACCCCUACGGCAAAUCCAAGUACUUCAUUGAGGAGAUGAUUCAAGAUCUCUGCAAAGCAGAGGGGGACUGGAACGCUGUUCUCCUGCGCUAUUUCAACCCCAUUGGUGCCCACGAGUCAGGCAUGAUCGGAGAAGAUCCUCAGGGGAUCCCGAACAACCUCAUGCCCUAUGUGGCGCAGGUGGCAGUGGGACGCCGGGAAUUCCUGAGCGUGUUCGGGAAUGACUACAAGACGGAGGAUGGAACGGGCGUCAGGGAUUACAUCCACAUUGUGGAUUUGGCCAAGGGCCAUAUCGCUGCAUUGAAGAAGCUCAAGGAGAACUGCGGCUGCAAGAUCUACAAUCUGGGCACAGGCACUGGCUACUCCGUCCUGCAGAUGGUCCGAGCCAUGGAGAAAGCCUCGGGGAGGGAGAUCAAGUACAAGAUCACGGGCCGGCGGGAGGGAGACGUGGCCUCCUGCUACGCCAACCCGGCGCUGGCUGAGCGUGAGCUGGGCUGGAGAGCUGCCUUUGGCCUGGACAAGAUGUGUGAGGACCUAUGGCGGUGGCAGCUGCAGAAUCCCACAGGCUUCAGCAAGAACUGAGCCAUGGCCUGAGGGCUCACCUGCAUGAGGGUAGGGGAAGUUCCUGGUCUCGGGGGAGAGGCCAGGGCAUGGAGACAGCUGCUGAGCACCCAACCCGCAGCCCCAGGAGCCCCUUGAUUCCCCUACUUGGACCAGUCCUGCCCCAAGGCCACCAUGGCUCAUUUCCCAGCCCAGCUCCCCUAGAAGGCCCUGACAGCUACUAGAGGCUGCCCUCCUUUCCUCUGCCCCCCAGUCUGGUUUUUGGGGACCAAGCCUCAUCUCCCAUGUGCUCUGGCUGAGUCAGAGAAGCCCCUGCCUGUGGCUGUGACAGCCCUGGGCAUGGCCGGCCACGCCUGGCUGCAUGCAGCCCCCCCCCGAUGCUGUUAGAGUUGGCUGGUGCCUGAUUUUGCUUCCUGUGGCAGCUGCUUCCAUAAUCAUGUUGCCAAAGGCAGCCUGGGAGAAGGCUUUGCUCAGCUGUCAGAUACUGGUCCUAUUUAUUACUGGUGGCUCUAAAGGCUUCAUUAGGCAAUGAUGACGCACCACCUCAACUGGCUGCCAGUUGGAUGAAUAACUUAUGCUACUAAAUUAUGAAUUGAGCUUUUGAUUUGUUUCUAAAUAAACUUUCUUACUUUCUAA